ACACGACUCCGUACGACCGCAGCUAUCUUCGGUUCUAUCUGCUGAGAUCAUUUCUACCGAAGAUCUCUGCGGCAAUUCUCCAGGACCAUUCCCAAGAGACCAAAGAAAAAUUUAGAAUCAAUGAGGAAAUGGGUCUUGAUAUGCAGCAUGGUCAUAUUCUUAUCAGCCUUGUUUCAAAGGACUCUAUGUGGGCACUAUCCUCCUACUCCGUUCGCAGCUAGGAGGAAACGCAUGAGCGAGAAAGUUCGCAAAAUGUUUUAUCAUGCUUACGGGAACUAUAUGAUCCAUGCAUUUCCGCAUGAUGAGCUUAAACCUCUGACCUCUACAUUCACAGAUUCUCUGAGUGAGCUUGGAAAUUUAAAGCUCGAGCAUCUUCCACAACAAUAUAGUGGCUCAGCUCUUACACUAAUUGAAUCAUUGUCCAGUCUUUUUAUUCUGGGUAAUGUCACUGAGUUUGAAAGGGCAGUUCUUUGGCUUUCAGAAAAUCUUUCAUUUGACACCGAUGCAAGAAUAAACCUUUUUGAGUGCAACAUAAGAGUUCUUGGCGGACUAGUUUCUGCCCAUCUUCUUGCAAGUGAUUCUACAAACAUGUUGGUUCAAGGAACUUAUAAGAAGCAGCUUCUUGAUCUAGCAGAGGAUCUGGGAAGACGUUUACUACCUGCUUUUGAUACACCAACAGGACUGCCAUAUGCUUGGAUCAACUUGAAGGGGCAAGGUCGGAGAAAGCGAUCUAGUGCAAUGUCACAGCAGAUAUGUCCAGCGACUAUGCUUAGCCACCAUGAGGAGAAUUAUCCACACCUUGAGAGCGCUUGCCACGUCCCUGAUAUGGUUGCUGAUCACAGAUGUGCGACUAAUGACGAUUGUGGUGUUGAUUCAACCACUUGUAGACGAAGAUCAUGCAGUAUGGCUGGUUUCUGUGGUCUGUGGUUGUCGACAUGAGAGUUGGCCUGCACAUACAGAUAUUUCUUGCUCAAGAAACUGUGUCUUUUAACUUUUAAGUGCAUAUGUGUAAUGUUAAAGUUGCAGAUACACAAACAAAUAAUACCAUACAAGUAUUCUUUGUUAGGAAGAAGAGAAGAUAGUAUUCUGCAUUCAUGUGGGAAAGAUCUUGUAACCAUAUAAUACCUGUAGCCGGGAAUAUCGUACUCUAGGAGAUAUAUACUUCGUAUAUAACUGUAGAUGGGACUGACGUAUUAUCAGUAAAGACUUUUUUUAACG